CUAUGGUGGGAAUGUACAGGAGCAAAACACUUCACAAAUCCGACGAGUCACGUGAACAUGGCGGAUGGUGUCUUGAAGCCAGGAGACCGGGAAAGGGACUCAAAGAUGUCAACCAUCAUGGUUGUGCACGGUGGAGCAUGGGCCAUACCGGAUGAGCUGGCUGAGUCCAGUGUUGAUGGAGUCAAGUUUGCAGCAUGUGAGGGGUCUAAGGUGCUGAAAGGAGGAGGAAGUGCACUUGAUGCUGUCGAGGCGGCUGUGAGGUCUAUGGAGGAUAACACUGAGUUUAAUGCAGGGCACGGAGCAACGCUAAAUGCCGCUGGAGAAGUGGAGAUGGAUGCCAUUAUCAUGGAUGGAAAGACGCUUUCCAGUGGCGCUGUGUCCGCAGUGAAGAACAUUACCAACCCUGUGUCACUGGCACGGGCAGUGAUGGAGAAGACCACCAACGUCAACUUGACGAGCAGAGGUGCAAACCUGUUUGCAGAGAGCAUUGGCAUGGCCACGGUUCCCACUGACACACUGGUGUCUGUGUAUGAGCGGAAAGAGUGGGAGAGGCACAAGGCUUAUGUUACUGGAGUUAUGGAGGAUUUCAACUCUCAGUGGGCCCAUGAUACUGUUGGGGCAGUUGCUUUGGACUGUGCUGGUAAUGUUGCAUGUGCAACAUCAACUGGAGGGAUCAGACAUAAAAUGGUUGGCAGAGUGGGAGACUCUCCGAUCAUCGGCUCUGGAGCAUAUGCAGACAACUUCACUGGUGCAGUGUCUUGUACCGGUCAUGGAGAGUCUAUCCUUAAAGUCACACUGGCCAGACUCAUUCUUUCACACGUUGCACAAGGUAAAUCACUGGCUGAUUCUUCCCAGUUGUCUCUGAAGUACAUGGGAGACCGUGUUCAGGGUGCAGGAGGUGCUAUUGCAGUUUCUCCGUCAGGACAGUGGGCAGUCGCCUUUACCACAGUGCGAAUGGCUUGGGCAGCAGUGGAUGGACACAUCAACAUGUGGACAGGAGGAGCUGCAGAUAGAACCGCCAACCUUGGUGAUCAAAGGACAACCUGUUCUGAGGAGGUCUCUGGACAUCUCGUUUUUGAAAGACUGCAUUAAAUAUAUAUAACCUUUAUCUGACUAGGAAUUCACAUUGAGAUUAAAACAUCUUUUACAAGUGGGACCUAGUCAAGACAGAAAUAAAACUAACAAGACAAUAACAAAUUACAACAGCAACAAGUUUAGAAUCAUGUAAAGAGAUAAGGGUUUUGAGUUUGAGCUUGGCCUGCAGAUCAUUCCAGGACUAGAGACUGUAAUAGGAUGGACUUGUUUUGCCAGAUUGUGGCUGCAAGAAUAAAGCUAAAGAAUGUGGACAAUACAACUACAACAAAUGUGAAAGUAUUUCAAGAUGUACAGUACAGGCCAAAAGUUUGGACACA